CAGCAGCAGGAGCAGUGUUUCCAUCCGUGGACUGAGGUGGAGGGGGUGUCCUGCUCCUCGGCGUCGGCAGCCUGCAUGCAAAUAAGGCAGUCUUCACGCGCCCAUCUGUAACCGGUACUUGACUUUGCGAGUCCGCGGGUCCGAAGAGCACGGCAUCAUUCACGGAGAAGUCUCCAGAGUAUUUACCAAGGCUCAUACAGGUGACAAGGCAACCGUUUACAACUUCGCCGCCUGUAGCUGUAGCGGUGCGCGCGGAGCGGUGCGCGUGGAGCGGGCAGUUUGUCUACAUGAGACCUGCCGCUCAUCGCUUGUUUUGACCUGACAUUUUUUUCGUGCGCUGCUGUGCAUAUGUGGCCACAUAUGACGUAUUUGCGCCCGUAGCUGUUUUCUAGACGAAGAUUUGGACGAUCGUGCGCUGCGUUUUCGGACAAGUUUCCGUGCCGAUUGGUCCAUUAGUCAUGUCCGCCUGGUUUAUUAACUUGUGCGUUUGUGUGUAGAGUCACACACACACACACACACACACACACACACACACACACACACACACACACACACACACACACACACACAGCUCAGCCGGCAGAAGUUGGUUGGGAAUAAUAAUAAUUACAGUGCGGGACGCGGGGGAGUGAAAAAGAGGGAGGCAGUGGUUGUGGUGGUCCUGAGCAUCCUCAGCAGCGCCGUGAGAGGAUCCCAACUGCAGGGGGGACCGCUGCUCACUCUUCCUCCCAUAUCUACUUUGAAAAUUCACCAAACCCAGCCGGUGUGUGUGAAGCUCAGCUGUAAACCCGGCCAGACCUGCUGACAUUAGAGCCGCAGUCUGUUUGUGUGCGUGUCUGCCUGAGUGGAUGGAUAUGCGGCUCACCGAGGGAAUUUGAAAACCAAAGAGGGGGAUUACUAUCAGUUUCCUCUCCGAUUAGAACCUCAAAAUGGAUGCCGACGACAGGCUGCGGAGACGCCAGUGGAUUAGCUUCCCCUCAGCUGAUCUGCGUGACAUCUGAGCGGCACCAGCGUUCAAAGUUUGGAUAAUCUGUCUGGAAAAGGAGAGGCUGAAGGUGUAGGAUGCAGUCUGGAGUGAAGACGCUCUCCGCAGGUGGAGGUGCGUCACUCUGCUGCCUGCUGCUCCUCUGGCUCAUAUACUCCCAUCUGCUCAGAGAGGGCCAGUUGGCGGUGGGAACCUGUGAAAUAGUGAUGCUCAACAGAGACAGCAGUGUCCCUAGACGAACCAUCGCUAGGCAGACGGCCCGCUGCGCCUGCCGGAGAGGCCAGAUCGCUGGGACCACCAGAGCAAGGCCGGCAUGUGUAGAUGCGCGGAUCGUGAGGAGCCGUCAGUGGUGUGAGAUGGCUCCCUGCCUGGAGGGGGAGGUCUGCAGCCUCCUGUUCAACCGAUCCGGCUGGACCUGCACCAGGGGCAGCGGUCGUAUCAAGACUGUUACACCUUUGCCCAAGGAGCCGUCAUAGGAAGCCGAUGAAAACAAGAAGUACGUUCAUUAACCUCCAUCCAACAAAAGGAACUGAGGCCAAUAAUCACCACACCAGAACAUUGUGUCCAUUCACCAUUGAGGAUCCCGAACAUUACACCAGGCUCCACUUUCAAAAAAAAAAAAAAAAAAAGAAAAAAUUUCCAUUAACGAAGCACUUUUUUUCACACAUUUUGAGAACUGCAAGAAGACUCAAAGUGACUCAAAUGGCACUGAAUCUCCACCUUCAUCAAGACUCAUCAAAGAGAACAAGUCUCUUCGAGGAAUGCUCAUAAAUACAGCAGUGGAACAUUUAUCUCCAUUCACUUUUAAUUCUUUGUGUUAGCUACCAUUAAUGUGUGCAGGGGAUGGCUCCUUGAAGUUUUUGUACCUCUGCAGCUUGAUUUAGACUCAUCAGAAGGUCUUUCAAAAGUCACCCCGUUCUUCUUCUUUACUAUUGCUGCCAUGAAGCCAUCCAGGAUUAUGUACUUCAGCCAAGAUUCUUUAAUGACAGCUUGCUGCUAAAAAGUUGUGACUUUACUGAGGUUGAGUCAGCCCAUAUUGUCCAUUGGAAUCUAGCCUUUAACACAUUUCUGUCAUUUUGGCUGGGAGGAACUUUUACAAAGCCACAGCCUCUAAAACCUCUGUCUACACAUGGGACAGACAACAUGAAACAGCAUGAAAGUGAAAUGGAAAGAGACAAGAGUCAGAACUGAAUUGAUUGUCCCUAUGGAUCCAAGUCACAAUGGUAAAAUGUGGACAUUUUGGAUGACUUAGCUUAUAACUUAUGUUUUGUUUUUGUUUUGUUUGUUUUUUUAUGUGGUGCCAAUAUAGACUAGAUGAGUAGUUUUUUUGUCGAUGAACCUCAAACAUCUUGUACACACCACCGAGAGCAUUUCGCAGAUGUGGACCCUUGGCUUGUUUUAAUGGUCUAUACUUUGUGUGGAUGAGUGUGUGUGUGCGCAUGUUUGCAUUUGCUCUUUGUCCAUGCGUGAAAAAGUGUGUGUGUGCACAUCCAGAGAUACACUGUGAAAUAAGUCAUAUCCAAUGCAUCGUUCAUACUCUUGUAUAUUUUUUGGGAUAUUCCCGGACCACAGCUCACCAUCUGGCAAAAUAAGGAUUUGUGGUUUUACAGAUGUUGUUUUGAAUCUUCACAGAUUCAAACCCAAUUCCUGGGUUUGCCUUUUUUUCUCUUUUCUUUCUUGUCUUUACUUUAAUACAUAGAGAUAUUUAUAUUGGGGGAAAUAUUAUGCAUAGAAACCAGGGGAAAGAUGUACAAUGUGUCACAUAAGUUAAAUUCUGUAAUUAAAAUUGUUUCAUGUGUGAUUAAAUGUAUUUGAGAA